GCCGAGGUGCAUUGUGGGAAGGCUCUGGCGUCCAAAAUGGCGGCGCUCUGAAGCAGCGCGGCUUCCCUGAACCGUUUUCGGCGCUGAGAGCUCGAUGGCGGCCGCGUUGUUGGCAGCGACCGCACGUUGCUUGUUGGGCCGCGGCCUCUUCGCUCCUCCCGAGGCUCUCCGGCUGUUUACGACAGGCGUUCCUAACUCCUUCCGUGUAAGGGAGCCCCCCCGCCCCAAAGAGGUUGACCGAUGGACAGAAAAACGAGCACUAUUUGGGGUCUAUGACAACAUUGGAAUUCUGGGGGACUUUUUAGCUCAUCCCAAAGACCUGAUAAUUGGUCCAAAAUGGUUGCGUGGCUGGAGGGGGAAUGAGCUGCAAAGAUGUAUCCGCAAAAAGAAGAUGGUUGGUGACCGAAUGUUUGUUGAGGACUACCACAACCUGAAAAAGAGGAUUAAAUUUUUGUACAAACGUUUUAAUCGUACAGGAAAGCAUCGCUAAGAGUAGCAACUCAAGAACUGACAUUUGUCCCCAAGUACUUGGUGCGUUCAUGGAAACUAUUAAUUCAUCACUAAUAAAGUCACAGUCUGAAAGAUG